AUGCUUCUGCCGGCGCCAGCAGCGGAUGUUGUUCGUCUAGCCCUUCAGAGGAGGAACGGCAGUGAUUGCCUCCGCAUCCUCGUCAUGCUAGCUUGCUUGGCUUGCUGCCGGCGAGGGAGAGCGGCUCUAAGCCUCACCGUCUGCAAGGUCACGAGCCCUGUCUCCUUUCUGCUCUGCUGCAUCGGCCUGAGUCGAAGGAGAGAUCGCAACAACGGAACCCUGCUGUGCGGGAAUGGCAACGGCGACACCAACGCGGGGCAACGUCCGAGAGGACGAAUAGGGGGGUGGACUAGCGCGUUCAGGAGGGGCAUCCCCAGCUGCGAAUCCGGGGAAGGGGGGGAUCUGUUCGACCAGCAGGGCGGUGGAGCGCUUGCGUCGAGAUCGGCACUGAGCGAGGCGACGCUGGGGGCGCGCGGUAGGCGGACGGCCUUCGAGAGGUUCGGGGAGCUGCGACGGGUCGGCGCGUGCUGCGACGUGACCCUGGCCGUGGGCAGUAAACACUUCAAGGCGCACAAGUGUGUCUUGGCAGCCCAGAGCUCGCCGCUGCGCGCCAUGUUCGAGGGCUCGUUCAAGGAAGGCAGCGAGGACGUGAUCUCGCUCCUGGACGUGGAGCCCCACAGCUUCUCGCUCCUGCUGGACUUCUUCUAUGAUCGCGGGGUCGAGGUCACUGACGAGAACGUGGAGGCGCUGCUGGACCUCAGCGCGAGGUAUGGCGUGUCGCUGCUGCGGCGGCACUGCUGCGCCUUCCUGGCGGGCUCCGCUAGCCCUGCUACGGCCUGCUCCCUGCUCUCGGUGGCCGACCGCUACGACUGCCACAGACUGCGGAGAGUUAUGCUCGCGUACACGCUAGAGCGAUUCCCGACAAUUUGCCGCGACAGCUCUUCGGACGGGUUUCGCCAUCUCUCCGCUGCUCUAGUUGUCGAGGUGCUCAAGGACGACCGGUUGGCUGCGGGGCAGGAGGGCGAGCUGGCUGUCUUCUGGGCGGCGAUAUCCUGGCUGGAAGCAGAGCAUUCCCGUCGAAGGAAUGCGGAUGAGGCGAACAUCGUGCUCUCACACGUGCGGUUUGGCCUCGUCUCGGCCAAAGCCAUCGCCGACGCCGUGGAAGCCCACCCCUUGAUGCAGUCGGCGGCCGGCAAGGCCUUUGUGCACGAGGCCUACCGUUACCAAGCGCUGCCGCCGGAAAGCCGGGACAACUUCGCCUCGUCGAUGGCGGCGCGCGCCCGCCGGCGAACAGCGGCCGGCGGUGACGGUGGCCGCGGCUACCGUACGGGCCAGUCACCCUCCGCUGCUCUGAAACCGGACCAUGGUGAUGGUGUAGGUGAUUUUUCUGGAUGGCUGAGGGUUGAUGGUUUUGGUGAUGACCAAGGGGACAGCAGUAGUGAUUCUUCGAGUUGCGAGGUUCGGGGUAGUGGCGCCGGGGACAGCGAAUCUGAGGGAGGAGAGGACCCUCCGGUGGCGGGGGGCGAAAGUAGCCGGCACGGUGGUAGCAACGGCGGCGCCGCCGCCGACGGUGGCAUCGGUGACGGCAUGCGCUCGGCGCCUGUGUCUGGUAGUGCGGAAGAGAUGAGCGCAGGGAGGGAAGAAUCGGCGAGGGGGGAGAGCAGAGUGGGGAACGAAUCCCGUCCGAGGAAGUUGCACAUGACCGACGGCAACCCCAAAAGAAGGUUGUGGGGGGCGGGGACUCGGAUGUACGUUUGAUCCGCUGGCGAUCUGGGCCGCCGGCGUCGCCAGGUUCUAUCACUGGAGGGUCGCCUUGAAAAGCUGCGUAUGUAGACACCCGCAACCAGUUUCGGUGUAAAUACUUUUACGCAGGGUAUCCCUGGUGUUUGUUUUGAGUAGCUCGUGAUAUAAUAUGCUGUUAUGAGACGAUGGAUGCGCCCUGUGCGUGCCUACACUUUGGCAUGAUCUGUUUGAUGCGUGGACGAGGAGGGGGUACCGCUGGCAUGCCUAGACUAUAGUCUUCAGACGUUGUGCAAUAACCUUCUGUUUUCCUGUCCUUUGAAUAAUGGUUUGGGUGUUUAUAGAUUCAGGUGGAAUUUUUUUUACUUCUCGGUUUUGUUGGGGGCGCAACGUCUGUGUACCUUUGGCGAGAUCUUUCAGGUGAAAGUCGGUUAAGGAGCGUUCUAUGUCCGUUUCGCUUGUUUGUGGAAACUAAAAGAAGUAGCUUGUUUGCAAUCCACGGUGUGCUUUCC